GCUCCCCCCAGAGGAGUGGGCAUGGUGGGUGCUAGUCCAGAAACAGGUCCAGAGACGCAGUGAGGUGCUCAGCAUCACACAGUAAGUUUGGGGCCGCCGGGACUGAAGUGCAGGGCUCUUUGCCCCGUGUGUGUUUCCUAAAACAAGGCCCAGCUUCAUUUAGAGAGUUCAGGUGGCCCUGGUUUAGCAGGAGGUGAAAGGUGACAGCAACGAGAGCUUCUGCUCCCGCGCAGCAGGCCGCACUCGGAAGGGGCUUAUCUGGUGUUCACUGUUACCCACAAGUAAAGGGGCUGCCCAGAUCCUGGCUUUGCCCAGAAGAGGCAUAAUUUGCCAUUUAUCUGCCAAGCAGAUGCGGAGACCAGAAACUUCCAGCUAGGGAGGCUGUCAGGGGCAAGGGCUCGAGGGCCAGAGUAAACCGCACGUGUUCUGCCCAGCUCGCUGCCCCUGCAGAUCACGUGGGCUCCGGCCAUGUGGCUGCCUGUGCUGCUGGGAGUCUUCCUCUGGGCAGCACUGUGGCUGCUCAGAGACCGGCAGAGCCUGCCCCCCAGCGAUGCCUUCGUCUUCAUCACCGGCUGUGACUCUGGCUUCGGGCGGCUCCUGGCACUGAGGCUGGACCAGAGAGGCUUCCGAGUCCUGGCCAGCUGCCUGACCCCCUCAGGGGCAGAGGACCUGCAGCGGGCCGCCUCCUCCCGCCUCCACACCACCCUGCUGGACGUCACCGACCCCCAGAGUGUCCAGCGGGCAGCCAAAUGGGUGGAAACAUAUGUUGGGGAAACAGGUCUUUUUGGUCUGGUGAAUAAUGCCGGUGUAGCCGGUAUCAUCGGGCCCACACCAUGGCUGACCAGGGAUCACUUCCACCGGGUGCUGAAUGUGAACACACUGGGUCCCAUCGGGGUCACCCUUGCCCUGCUACCUUUACUGCAACGGGCCCGGGGCCGGGUGGUCAACAUCACCAGCGUCCUGGGUCGUCUGGCAGCCAAUGGUGGGGGCUACUGUGUCUCCAAGUUUGGCCUGGAGGCCUUUUCAGACAGUCUGAGGCGGGACGUGGCUCCGUUUGGAGUACGAGUCUCCAUCGUGGAGCCUGGCUUUUUCCGAACCCCUGUGACAAACCUGGAGAGUUUGGAGAACGCCCUGCAGGCCUGCUGGGCACGGCUGCCUCCAGCCACACAGGCACACUAUGGGGAUGCCUUCCUUACCAAGUACCUGGAAGUGCAGCAGCGUGUCAUGAACCUGAUCUGUGACCCGGACCUGACCAAGGUGAGCAGGUGCCUGGAGCAUGCCUUGACUGCUUGUCACCCCAGAACCCGCUACAGCCCAGGCUGGGACGCCAAGCUGCUCUGGCUGCCAGCCUCCUACCUGCCAGCCAGCCUGGUGGAUGCUGUGCUCACCUGGGUCCUUCCCAAGCCUGCCCAGGCAGUCUACUGAGUCCAGCCUUCCAGCCACAGAUUGUUCUUCAAAUACAAGAACUUUAUUUCUGUCCCCACCUGGUGCCUGGCACAAAAUAGGCACUCAAUAAAUGUUUAAA